AUGGCUACUAAGCUCUGUGAUUCCUGCAAGUCAACAAAAGCAACACUAUUCUGCCGUUCUGACUCAGCUUUCCUUUGUAUCACCUGUGACUCCAACAUCCACGCCGCCAACAAACUCGCCUCCCGCCACCACCGCGUCACACUCUGCGAAGUCUGUGAACAAGCUCCUGCUCACGUCACAUGUAAAGCAGACGCCGCCGCUCUCUGCGUCUCCUGCGACCAUGACAUCCACUCCGCGAAUCCUCUCGCUAGCCGCCACGAACGCAUCCCGCUCAACACUUUCCACCACAACAACAGCCAGCAACAAUUCUUCUCCGAAUCCGAUCCAGAUGCUGACGUCAGCACAGAAGAAGCCGAAGCUGCUUCCUGGCUCCUCCAAACUCCCUCCAACCCUAAAGGCCCCGAUCUCAACUCAUCUCACUACUCAUUCACCGAAAUCGACGCUACCGACCUCAAUUUCGUCUCCGUUGACGCUAAAACAGACUCGCCGGAGGAACAUAGUCCCGGCACUGCAGACGGAGUUGUGCCGGUGCAGUCUCAUAGCAAAACCGUCACCGAACACUACUCUGAUAUCAACAACGAUUUCUCUACUUCUAAACCUUUUACUUACACCUACAAUCACACCGUAUCAUCACCUUCGCUGGAGGUUGGAGUUGUACCAGACGGGAACGUGAUGUCGGAGAUAUCAUACUGCGGCUACGGAAGAACGGAGACGGUGCAAAUCACGGCGGCGGAUAGAGAAGCUAGGGUUAUGAGGUACAGAGAGAAGAGAAAGAAUCGAAGGUUCGAGAAGACGAUUCGUUACGCUUCGAGGAAAGCGUAUGCAGAAACUAGACCUAGAAUUAAAGGAAGGUUCGCAAAACGCUCUGAUUUGAAUAUGAAUGUGAAUCUAAUCGCUGAGGAUGAGUCUUAUGAUGGAUACGGCGUUGUUCCUUCUUGUUGA